CCUUAUUCAUCUUCUUAUUAGUGGAAGAGUUCCACUUUCCAACAACUGCAAGUAGGCAAUGGGAUUAUACAAUUCGGAGUUUCUGAUCGCAAUCUCAUGGAGAGGAAGAGUCCAGCAGUAAUCUAAUCAGUGUGCUCGGUGCUCAAUGCGCAUUGACCAAACUCCCCCAUCCGCACCGGCACCGCACCCUUGCCUGCUUUAUCUUGGCCUGCCGAGCCACGACUCCCACGAGUGGCAGCAUGGCGCACGACCGUGCUGAUGCUGUGCAUCACUCUCACUUACUGGUAGCUCGCACCUCGCAGCGGACUGACGAUCUUUGUCCGCUCCUGCUCGUCCGUCACUGAUGACUGAUGAUCUUUGUCCACCACUGGCCACCGUCUCAUGCUGUCGGCUCUUCGCUUAAAUUCAUCAGCGUUUCAAGAAUCCAAAGCUUGUGAUUACAGAUCAACAAGGUUUAACUAACAUGGAGCCGGUGAUGGCAAGGAUUCAUCUCGUAUUGGUGCUGUGCGUGGCGGCCGCGGCAGCAGCGCUGAUGGCUUCUCCGGGCGCCGCCGCCGGCGAGGGCGCGGCGGCAACGGCGCAGGAGCUGCGGCGAGGCUUCUCGGCAACCCACGACCAGUCCUACUCGCAGUUCCAGCCGGUGCUCGCCGACCCCACCGGCGCCUUCGCGCUCGGCUUCCUCCGCGUCAACACCACCUUGCUGGACCUCGCCGUCCUCCACCUCCCGUCGGCCUUCCCGCUCUGGCGCGCGAUCCCCGACCACCCGGCGCCCUGGUCCGCGCCGGCCUCCCUCUCCUUCGACGGCGGCCUCGUCCUCACCGACCGCGCGGCCAACAAGGUGCUCUGGUCCGCCGCCUCUGCCUCGGCCGGGGACCGCGUCGUCCUCCUCAGCACGUCCAACCUCCAAAUCCAGAGCACCAGUGCUGGUGUGGUGUGGCAGAGCUUCGACAACCCGUCGGACACUAUCGUCCAGGGCCAGAACUUCACCUCCGCGGCGGCGCUCUACACCCUCAACCGGCGCUUCGCGAUGCGGCUUGGGAGCAACUACUUCGCGCUCUACAUCGAGCCGCCGCCGUCGGGUGGCGUCGCCGCCGCCAUGUACUUCAAGCACACGGCGUUGGAGGCCAAGGCCCAGAUCGUGACCGGCGGCGGGCCGACCUACGCGCGCGUGGAGCCCGACGGCUUCCUCGCCAUGUACCAGGAGGAGGGGCCGCCCGCCGACGUGCUCUCGUUCGACACCUUCAACCGCGGCGUCCGUGCCCUCCGCCGCAUGACCCUGGAGCCCGACGGCAACCUCCGCGCCUACUACUGGGACGGCACCCGGUGGGCCGCCGACUACACCGCCAUCACCGAGGUCUGCGAGCUCCCCACCACCUGCGGAGCCUACAGCGUCUGUGCGCCGCCCAGCGGCGGGUGCGAGUGCCUGGCGAACGCCACCGACGGUUCGGGCUGCGCCGCCGCCGCCGCAGGGGGCAGCCUGUGCGGCACCCCUGGCGGGGAGGUCGGCGGGCUGUACAGGACGGUGCGGCGGCAGGGCGUGGAGCCGGUGAACAAGGAGCUGCUGGGGUUGGAGCACGCGGCGUCGGCGACGGACUGCGAGGCGCGGUGCGAGCGCAACUGCAGCUGCUGGGGCGCGGUGUACAGCAACGGCACGGGCUACUGCUACCUCCUCGACUACCCGGCGCAGCUGCUGGUGGGGGGCGACGAGCGUAAGCUUGGCUACUUCAAGGUCAGGAGCCUGGAGGAGGCGGCCGGGAGCGGGCGGAGCGGCGGCGGCGGCGGCGCGAGCGGGGUCAAGGCUGCGCUGCUCACUGUCGGCGUCGCGGCGGUGGCCGGCGCGGCCGCGUUCGGGGCGUACAGGGUGUGGGACAGGAGGCGACGGGCUGCCGCGGACGCGAGGCGGCAGCUGGGCGCCGUCGACGGCGGACUCUCGCCGGGGCCAUACAAGAACCUGGGGUCCUUCAGCUCCGUCGAGCUCACCAACUCCUUCCGGAGGUAGCCAGGUCUGGGAUGCGAAGUUGUCCAAUAGACCGUGCGGCCGCCGGGAUCUCCCCGCCGUGAAGGGACGAGGCGCAGCGCCGGCCAGGCGCUCGGGUCGGCGAGAACGGCGGCUAUCAGAGUUCAGAGAGCUGAGAAGGCAAGCAAAGGUGGAAGGGCCCAACCGAAAUCGAUUUCUCAAUAUUGUAUGAAAAAGAUUUCCACUUCUUGUCAUGGGCUGAUUUUCUAGAGCUGGGCCCAAUAUCAAAUGAAGGUGUCCGUGUAAAGCCCAAAGGGCCUCCAAGCAUUGUUAGCAAGAACAAAAACCUUACUUGUGGAGUCAUAAGAAAUGGACACAGGGAGCAAAAUUUGAAUAUUAAA